GAUGGAUGGAUGGAAGGGAACAAUCUUGUCACUAUACUAUCUUUGCCUGGCUCAACAGCUGGGUGGAACUUGGACAAAAAAAAGUUGCUUCAAUGACAUUUUGUAUAGUGAUGGCUCUUUGAGGGCGAGACAAGCCAGUUGUUAACAUUAAGUGUUUAUUUUCGCUGCUGUGCCAUGGAUUUUAAUGUAAAACGGCUAGCCGCAGACGCCGGUACUUUUCUGAGCCGAGCGGUACAAUUUACAGAAGAGAAGCUUGGUCAGGCUGAAAAGACAGAAUUGGAUGCCCAUUUGGAGAAACUUUUGAUCAGAGCUGAGAGCACCAAGCAAUGGACAGAAAAGAUUAUGAAGCAGACAGAAGUCUUACUACAGCCCAACCCCAAUGUCCGGCUAGAAGAAUUUGUUUAUGAGAAACUGGAGAAGAAGGUCCCCACACGUAUGAACAAUCAUGAGCUGCUGGGACAGUCCAUGAUUGAAUCAGGGAAUGAAUUUGGUCCUGGAACUGCCUAUGGAAACGCUCUGAUAAAAUGUGGAGAGACGGAGAAGCAGAUUGGUGGGGCAGAACGGGAGUUCAUCCAGAGUGCCGCCAUCAACUUCCUGACACCGUUCAGAAACUUUUUAGAGGGCGACUUCAAAACUAUUCUGAAAGAGAGGAAGCUGCUGCAGGUUAAACGCCUGGAUCUGGAUGCAGCCAAAACCAGACUAAAGAAAGCCAGGAUGGCUGAUGCAAGAGCUGCAGCAGAGCAGGAACUCAAGAUGACCCAGAGCGAGUUCGACCGGCAGGCAGAAAUCACCAGACUGCUGUUAGAAGGCGUCAGCAGCACCCAUGCACACCACCUACGCUGCUUGAAUGACUUUGUGGAGGCCGAGACUACUUACUACGCACAGUGUUACCAUUACAUGGUGGAUCUCCAAAAGCAGCUUGGCAGUUUCCCCACAUCAUUCUCUAACAACAACCAAUCGUCAGUGUCGGGCGGGGCCAGCAUCUCGGUGCCCACCAUACCAAUGUCCGCCUCCCUGCCCAGUGUGUCUGCAGGCCGCAGCAGCUCCUCGGCUUCAGGUGGAUUCAGUGAAUUGCGCAGCUCCAACGGCAGCCGGAAAGCCCGGGUCCUUUAUGACUACGAUGCUGGCAACAGCAGUGAGCUUUCCCUGCUGGCUGAUGAGGUGAUUGUAGUCAGCAGCGUCCCAGGCAUGGAUUCAGACUGGCUCAUGGGCGAGCGAGGCAGCCAGAAAGGCAAAGUGCCAAUCACCUACCUGGAGCUGCUUAACUGAGACCCACAGUCCCUUCUCUCUCUCUCUCUCUGCCCCUCUAUCUGUCCAGCCCUCAGUAACCAGCUGUGAUCUCAUAUUUAUAUGCAGGGGCAGGCGUCACUUUCUCCUCCAUUCAGCCGUUUAGAAUGAGUUUUAUUUGCAGGAAGGAGGCGUGCCACUUGUUGCAGACAUGAAUUGGGAUGAAUAAAAUGGAGAGAAGGGAAAGCAAACUGACCCAUCCUCUCAUGUGUAUGCCAUACAUUUGUAAAACCUGCUUCCUUGCCUUUUUUUCUCUUUGAUGCCAUACGACCUGAAACAUGUGCCAGAACAUCUCCCAAACUGUAACUUUGGAAAAACAAACUUUGUUUACAGCAUAUAUAUAUAUCUCAGAUGGUGACCGUCAUGUUUUUCCCUUGCAUUUUUGUUCUUGUGUGUAAGUAGUGAUACAGAGAAGACUUUUAAUUUGGUGGAAAAAAAAAAAAAGCACUUCAGUUUGAAGUGAUGCUGAUCUUCUUAAAGUCUUAUUUUAUAAAUGAUCUUGUGAUGCAGUAGCAGCUGUUGUGGUUUAGCCUGAAUAUGAAUUGUUUGUAACAGUGUUGUCAGUCAGCUUUACUCACACGGAGCCUCGAGACAACAUGUGCCCUCUCACAGUCAGUGCCUUUUUGCAGCUAAACCAGCAGUAUUGAGGCUGUCAGAUAAGCCUCCUCUACAAGUGUUCAAUCCUGAUAUUUGUACUCGGCUCAUGCACAAUUUAGGUCGAAUAUUUAUCAUCCACAAACAGCGACUGCGUUUGACACAUUGGUGAUUUUGGUCAGCUUGGUGUUUGAUUUUUUUAUUUUUAUUUAAAGGCCUGAAAGAAAACAUUUAACAUUUAAUCUACCUUUUUUCCAUUACUAACAUCCCUCAUCAGUUUCCCAUAAACAUGCAUUUCAAACUAUUAUGUAGACAAUUUCUCCAAAAUAUUUUGUUACAUUCUGGGAGAUUUCAGUAUGCUAUCCCUCGGCUGCUUUUUUGUUUUGUGCGUGUAACUGAUAAGAUGACACAGUUGUAAAAAGAAGAAAAAACCCCAAUAAGGUGCAUAAAAUAAAGUGUUUAGAGACUG